AACACAUCUAAUUAUUGGUAUAUCUAUCAUAUCUGUUUCUCCGGCCGGCAAAACCAGAACUUCAAGAAUCAUCAGAGAUGGAUUCGGGCUAUCUGAACCGGGCAAUUUCAAUCCAAAAGACAAAGUUACGACCUUUUGCUUCUGCUCCGCUUCUCAUGCCCAUCAAUGGGUUCAUAGGCCCGGUCAUCGUUCUGUACAUAAUAAUCUUUGAGUGGGUCAGAAAUACCAUCAGCAGCUUACUAUUAACUUUAUCUCCGCCGGCAGACUCAAAACCGGCGGAAUCUCCGGCGUAUCCGAAGGUCAUGGCCGCAGAAGAAGUGGAGACAGUACUGGAAAGACUUGGGCUUUUUCUCCGCCCUGCUGAAAGCGAGAAACUUCAGGAGAGGAUUUGCUCAAAAGAGUUUUCUGAGAUUCUUGGUGGGGAGGCGGCGGAGGAGGAGGAAGGAGAGGGGUUUUAUGUGGAUGAUGAAGAGGUGCAGGCUGCAUUUGAUGUUUUUGACGAAAACAGAGAUGGGUUUAUCGAUGAGAAGGAGUUGCAGAGAGUUCUGUGUGCGCUGGGCAUGGAUGCGAUCAAAGAAAUGUAUGAACAAGAAGGUUUGGAGUUGGAGAAUUGCAGGAGAAUGAUCAGGAAGUUCGAUGAAAAUGGAGAUGGGAGGAUCGAUUUAAACGAAUUCUCUAAGCUCAUUUUUAAUUAAUUAGAUCAUGGGGCUGAGCAGCUAGCUUCUCAUGUCGUUAUCAUUCUUAUACAGUAUAUGCUAGGAAACUAGGAACUUAGGAAGUGUUCUUGAUUUCUUUCUCAGCUUCUAAUCUAUUACGGGUAUAACAAUAUUUUAGCACAUCUGGAUUUGGUUUUUACCUUUCAACAUAUUUUUAUAUCAUUUCUAGAUAUGUGACUUUGUAAUCAUUAAUAGCAAUUUAUAUCAAAAAGUUAUAUUAGUGAUGAUGGAUAAUCAUUUUCAACUUAA